GGUCCGCUUAAUGAUCAUCCCACUGGUGAAGCCAUGAGGGGUUCCGCAAAGACAUGAAUCACCAAAGUUCUUCUCACGAACCGGAUCUAGCUCUGAAGAGGGAAGGAUACUUAAUUAGCUAACUUAAGAUGAUGAAGAGGCAGAACGUGCGCACGCUCGCUUUAAUUAUUUGCACCCUGUCCUAUUUGCUAAUUGGAGCGGGUGUCUUCGACGCGCUGGAGUCGAAGCAGGAAAAAACCCAGCGGAGAAAACUGGACUAUCGCAAGUUUCAGCUGAUGAGCAGGUACAAUCUAUCCAGGAACGACUUCGAGCAGAUUGAGAAAGUGGUCUUGCUUCUGAAACCACACAAAGCCGGGGUGCAGUGGAAGUUCGCCGGCUCUUUUUACUUCGCCAUCACUGUGAUAACGACCAUAGGUUAUGGCCAUGCUGCUCCCAGCACAGAUGCAGGGAAAGCUUUCUGCAUGGGAUAUGCGCUUCUGGGCAUCCCGCUCACUCUGGUUAUGUUCCAGAGCCUGGGCGAACGCAUUAAUACCUUUGUCCGAUUCCUGCUGCACAAAGUCAAGAGGUGUGUGGGUCUGAGACGACCAGAGGUCUCCAUGGCCAACAUGGUGACUAUCGGCUUCUUCUCUUGUGUCGGCACCCUUUGCAUUGGGGCAGGUGCCUUCUCACAUUAUGAGGGCUGGAGCUACUUUCAUGCCUUCUACUACUGCUUCAUUACUCUGACAACCAUCGGUUUUGGGGAUUAUGUGGCCCUGCAGAAGGACAAUGCGCUCCACAAUGACCCCCAUUAUGUGGCCUUUAGCUUUGUCUACAUUCUGAUGGGCCUGACCGUGAUUGGUGCCUUCCUCAACCUGGUGGUGCUGCGUUUUAUGACCAUGAAUGCAGAAGACGAGAGGAGGGAUGCAGAACAACGGGCUCUACUCUCCAAAGACAAGCAGAAAUUCCAGCCUCCUUGCCACACCAACCUCCAAACCUUACAGACAGAGGAGCAGGAUGCUAAGAGGCAAGGACUAAAGAGUGUCUAUGCUGAGGUACUUCACUUCCAGACCGUCUGCUCCUGCUUGUGGUAUAAGAGUCGGGAGAAGAUGGUGAUGCUUCCGCAGGACCUGUCCUUCAGUGAUGCGCUCAUGGAGCAGGGUAACUUCUUUGAGCCAGACUCCACAGGCUGUGUUUGUAGCUCCCAGCGAUGCUCAGCCAUUAGCACUGUGUCCACUGAUGUGAGAAGCAUCUCCCCCUUCAGACUGCUCUCCAAGAGACGCAGCUCUGUCUAGAUGUGUAGCACAGGUGAUGACAGGUGGUAGUUAGAAGCUCAAAAAACACUGCUACUGUAUGUUUCUGCUCUACAUGCAUGCAUUUAAGUACAGAUGAUGGAGUACAGCCUUUGAAGUUUAAGUACAAAAAGGAAAUCCAGAGUAAGUUGGAAAUUAUCGUGUCUUAAGGACACAGUACCUCUUACAUGUGUCACGUGUGUGUUUAAUGAAAUUGUCUCCUCCCGAGACCACAUAAACUUUAUAGAAGGUAAUAGUGGAUGUCUUUCUACUUCAUAAUUACAUUAUACUCCCUGACAUGGUGCAAUACAAUGUGCUAAACAUUUCAACAGUGCUUUAUUAAGACAAUACCAAUAACAUACCUUAUCUCCUCGACACUUUCAUCAAACCUCAGAUUUAUAAUCAAAUAAUUAAUUAUCAUGUAUUGUAUCGGUCAAAUCCUUGUUCUGUGAUCACUAGUUAUAUGUCUGUAUGAUGUCAUCAUUUUAAUCACUUUCAUUUGAAAAUUAUAUGCUGCACAAUGUGCUAUAAUCAACUUUGCACCAAUAUUCUGUUUAAAAUGGGUCAAUUUGUACCACUUUAAUUAAAUAAAGAACAUUUUAUGUACUGUAGAUUAAAUGUACUGUAGAUUGAAAAAAAAAAGAAAAACGUGUAGAAGUGUAGAAUCCAGUAGAUUUUAAUACUGCACAACACUGGACCGGGACCAUGAAAAUGAAACACCUACAACAUGUCCACUGAUCCAGAUGGCAUGCCAACAUGACUUCUGUUCUUUGCCUGGCUCUGUCCAGCAUCAGACAAGAAUAGCCUCUCCCUUUGAAGACAGUUACAGUAUAUUAACCUUAUAAGAGUUGCAUGGCAUGAGGUACAAGAACUGAAGAUGAUGCAAGAUGAUUAAUGUCUACAAACAUUCUGUUCUGAAUGUCUGGUGUAGUAAUGAUGAGUUGCACUAGGUUAGCCUCAGCGACACCAAUUACACAAAUCACACACAUCCCGUUAAUACAUCCCAUGCCCUGUCCACAUCUCAAAAUGAUACAAAUAUGAAAAGCACUCUGCUUUUUUAAUCCAUGUACUGUAUCAGAAUGACUAAAGUGCAAAUUUUACUUCUUUCUUUCUUUCUUUCUUUCUUUCUUUCUUUCUUUCUUUCUUUUUUCUUAUUAGAUCAGCGGUUAUAAAAAAAAUACAGAUGUAUGCAUUAAGUCUCUGUUUUUGUCUCAGCACUGAUCUGGUCACAGUAUCUUGUGUAUUCCCCUCUGACUCAUAGACAGCUUGCUGAUCAGGCUAUGUUUGGCCCAUACAGGCAAGUGUGCCAUCCUCAGAUGCUGCCAAGGAGAAAGCGCUUCGUGCUUGAGACUUUGCCUUGAGCUAUUAGGUCUGCAUGACAGUGCAACAGAAGGCAGAAGGAGUGCCACUGCAACAAAUGCCUGUAUCGCCUCCCCAUGGUGGCAGCAUCUGUUGCAAUAUUCCUUAUCAUGGCUAUAGAUAUUCACAUUCAUGGAAAAAGUAAAAAUAGCUCUGACCGGUAGGUCACUGGGGGCAGAACAUGAUGUACACCUCAGCUGUGGCUUUUGUUUUGCUGCCAAGCAACUAAGAAAAAAAAUUAAAAAAUUUCCAAUAGCUUUUUACUAUUUACAAUUAUUAAAAUUAGCUUUAAACCACAUAUGCAUUGCAUUUAUUAUUAUAUAUUUUAUACAUUUAUAAUAUGAAUAGAUAUAUAAAAAGAUAAAAAGAUUUACAUGGAAUCUUUUUCGAAUGAUUUGCUCUUCUACCAUAUCAACUGCAGGCCUGUUUUCAGCCUCUAGAAUAUCCUACUCACUGAAUUUUACCUUCACCUCACUAAAGAAUAUUGAGAGUCCUACAGGUUGAUAGAGAUCAUUAUCCCAAUCCUUUGAGGAUUCCUUCAGCAUUGGUUUACUAUGUAGAACAUUCUAGAGUAGACUGUAGUAUAUUUUACCCGUAACUGUAAAAAUCUGAUAACAAAAUAAAUGAAAACCAGAAAGUUUGACUCUUCAUGUAGACCUUGUUAGUUUGAAUUUCUUUAUUAGUCUGUUUACUUGCCACUGUCUAUGUGAGGAGAGAGCAAGAGGAAGAGGAACCUUAAGCUAGUUCAAGAAAUUUUGAUACCCUGCAGAAUCACCAGGGGUUUUGGCUAAGACGCGUCGUGAGACGUCAUCAUAAAUGUCACACGUGUUCACGUCUGUUCACUUGCGUCGAACAUGACUACAGCUAUAAUAGAAAAUAAUUACAAAUGGACGUAUAAAAAGAAAAAAAA